AUGGCCGAUGCAGAAGCGGCCGAGCGAGCCGCAAAGGCAGCUCGUGCCAGAGCCAAGCUGAAAAAGCAUCAAGCGCAGAAGAAGGCUGCUGCAGAAGCCGAAGCCGGCGCAACCGCUAGCCACGCCGCCAGCAAAGACGAAGAUAAUACUCUGCCAGCAGACCAGAAUGGUACGGCAACGCCAGAUGAGGCUGCAUCCACGACACAAGCUGUCGCGGCCGAGCCAACACUAGGGAAGGGCGAGGAAGCUGAUCAGACCUCCGCAGUGGCUUCUGAGGACAGCGUACAGCUCCGAGAAGCUCAAAGCAAAAUAGACACUCUGACCUCGCAACUCGAGACCACAAUGUCUGAUCUUAAGAAGGCGAACGACCAAGCGUCAUCCCUCGAGAAACAGCUCAAAGAACAGCAGGAAGGAGCGCGUACGUCAGCAAAAGCGUCCGAAGACUCCAACAAGGCAGCAACGGAGGAACUCAAAAGCGAUCUCCAACGACAACAGUCGAAGGCAGCGGAACUGGAGGGCGAGCUUCAGAAACAGCGCGAUCUCCUGCAGACCGCACAGAAGGAAGCAGCUGAAUCUAGAAAGGCAGUGUCCGACAUGGAAGCUUCGCGAAAGAAAGACGCCAGCGAAGCAGCGGCGCUAAAGGAACGACUUUCUCGCAUCGAAGCAGAUCACGAGAAGGCUGAAGGUCGGUCUUCACAGCUCGAAAGCGAUCUAUUGGCUCUUCGACAGGCAAGCGACAAGGCGUCAUCGGCUGCCAAAGAUACGGCAGCAGAGCUGAAGAAAGCCCAAACUCGACUCAAGGACGCCGAAGCAAAAACCGCUUCGGACGCCGCACUUGCCAAGCAGCUUCAACAGGACAAGGCAAAGCUUGAAGGCGAUGCGAAAGAUCAGCUCAAGAAAGCAGACGACCUUCGGAAGACCGUCGAUGCUCGGGAAGCGACCAUCCAAGACCUGGAGAAGAAAUUGUCCGACCCCAGCAAAGCCAAGCAGAUCGAUUCGCUCAAAGCGCAGGUGGCCGAAGCCGCAAAGAAGAUCUCCUCGCUGGAAACCGACUUAAGUAAGAAGGACGAGAGCCUUAGGAGUAUUUCUUCUGAUGGCGAAAAACUGGCAAACCAGAUCAAGGAGCUCGAACGGCAGGUGCAGACGUCGGCUACAUCUAAAGCUGCCCUUGAAGCCAAGCUCACGGAGGGAACAGAUCGCGAAGCAAAGACGAGCUCGAUCCUGCAAGAGACUGUCUCAAAGCACACCGCGCUCGCUUCGCAGCAUCAAGAACUCGAGAAGCAGCACACUCAGGCUCAAGCUGAUAUCCAAAACUGGAAAAAGAAAGCACAAGAGCACACCGAGUUGCUCGCGAAGAGCGACAAGGCUGCCGCGAGCGCCAAGGAUCGCGCCGACACUGUCGAGAAGCAGCUCGCUGCGGUCAGGAAGGAGAAGGUUGAGCUCGACAGCUCCCUUUCUGACGCAAAGAAGCAGGUAGAGUCGCUCACUCGACAAAAGGUUGACCUAGAAAAGGCAAGGGCAGAUGCCCUCAACACCUCCGAGAAGUCGGACAAAGAAAGGGCGAAUGAGAUCUUGGAGCUCAAGAGCAAUGUGAGACAGCUUGAGGAGCAGGCCCAGGAGGCUCGCAAGACGGCGUCUCAGCUGCUCGAAGAUGCAAAGUUGCAAGGCAGCAGAUCUGCUCAGGAGGCGCAAGAGCUUACUGCUUCGCUGAAGGAUUCGCGGGCCAAGCUGGAGGCAUUAGAGACACAAUCGAAAGAGCGCGACGGCCAUCUCUCCACGGUACAGGCCAAGCAGAAGUCGACCGAAGAGGAUCUCGCCUCUGCUACUCUGCAAGCACAGAAGGCGGCCAAAGAGCUUGACGAAGUCAAAGCCCGUUUGUCGUCCACUGACAAGGAGCGCAUGGAGUCGCUCGACAAGAUCAAGGGUCUCAACGACCAGCUAACGAAAGCACAAAGCGAUAAAAAAAUGCUCGACACGUCAGUCAUUGAAGUCAAGGCCGAGCUUGAAGAGUCGAAGCAGCAAAUCUCGUCCUUCCAGACAAAGGAGAAGGAAUGGCUCGCGAAGCACAAGGAGCUUGAAAGCGCCAACUCAAUGGUACUCGAGGAUCUUGCUUCUAUGCGGAAAGAGCUUGACACCCACAAGACUAGCAGUGCUGCAACGUCUGACAAUCUCGCUGCGUUGACUGGCAAGCACGACCAGGCUCAGAAAGACUUGCAGCUAGCGCACCAGAUGCUGCAAGAGGCAAGCGAGACGAGCUCCGAUCGUGAGAAGCAAGUCGCUGACUUGACGUCCCAACUUGCUUCAGCCAAGGGCGAGACUGACAAGGAGCGAGAAACAGUCAAAAGCUUGCGGACCAAGUUCGACUCGGAAGUCAAGGCUCGCAAGCAGUCCGACGAAGCAACCAGGCGCACUCAGGCCGAUCUUCAAGAGGCGACCAAGCGAGGCGAUGAUCUAGACAAGCGAAUUCAAUCUCUCACCUCGGAGCUUGACAGAGCCAAGUCUGACCAUCAGCAGGCACAGUCGACCGCUGACGAUCGACGGAGAGGCCUCGAGUCUGCCAAGAGCGAGGCCUCGAAGGUCAGCAGCGAGCUGAAGGAGACGAAAAUCGCGCUCGCCGAGGCAGAGAAAGUAUCGAAACAGCUUCAAGGCGAAAAGUCGGCGCUCGACCAAGCGCUCGCAAAUGUGCGUGAGGAGAAGCAAGCCACCGAGAAGAAGCUUGAAUUCCUCAUCUCCGACCUCGAGAGCGCCCGAAAUGACCACCGUGACGCUGUCAGCCAAUCCGAGCAGCACAAAGCGACCUCCGAGACGAGAGAAAAGGAGCUCUCGCAGGUCAAGCAGAACGUGCAGGCUCACGAGGCGACGAUCGGCGACCUUCGAGGCAUACGUUCGAACCUCGAAAAGGCAUCUGCGCAGCUGGCCGAGGAGAAGGCGAAAAUACAGAAGCAGCUCGAAUCGUCACAGACGGACGCGCAAACUCACAAGGCAUCUGCGGAGGCCAAAGCCAAAGAUAUCAAAGCGCUGGAAGGCAAGCUGUCGACUGCUGAGGCAAGUCUGACCAAGGCGAUGGAUGAAGCAGCUAAGACCAAAAUUCGUGGCGAUGAACUGCAAAGCAAAGUUCAAGCUCAAGCCAAGGACCUUGAAGCGUCCAAGUCGGAAGCUCAGGCUCACAGAAAAUCCGCGGAUCAGAAGUCUCAGCAGAUCAAGUCGUUGGAUGCUAAGAUUGCCGACACCGAAGCUAAGCUCGCCAAGUCUUCUGACGAGGUCGCUGCGGCACAAGCGAAGAUCGCUUCACUACAGAAGGAUGUCGAGGGCAAGGACGAGGAGCUCGAAGCGUCUCGUGACGAAGCAAAGGAGGCCAAGUCUUCCGUCGAAGCGCUCAUGACGGAUGUCACUGCGCUCAAAACCAAGCUCGAGGAUUCGGAUGCCAACUUGUCCAAGAUCACGAAGGAAGCAGCUGCCUCCCAAGCCCAGAACAAGGAGCUUCAAAGCGCGCUCGAGUCGAAAGGCCAGGAGCUUGAAAGCAAGACCUCGGAAGCAGUUCAACACAAGUCUCAACGAGAGCAGCUCGCGCUGCAGCUCGAGACGGCUCAACGGGAGCUCUCUGCGCACCAAGCUAAGCUUCACGAUACAGAGGCAGCUCAUGCCGACCUUUCCAAGCAACACGAGCAACAGACAGCCGCUCACGAGGCCACGCAAGCUGAACUCAAACAACAGCGCUCGCUCGUCGCAAAGACGUCCAAGGAUCACGAGCAGGCGCGGUUGGAGGCGAACGAGCUGUCCGAGACCCUGAGGGCUUUACAGAGCACACAUGACGAUGUGCAGCAGAAUCUGCAGGACGUUGAGGCUCGGCACAAGACGCUUGUGGUUCAGCACGACAAGCAGAAGGAGGCAGCUGCGGUCCAGUCAAAGGAGCUCGAAGCGGCCAGGACUAAGGUCACCGAUCUGGAAUCCGAGCUAUCAGCGUCCAAGGCCGCCCACGAGAAGGCGACGUCUGAGCUGGAGGACAAGACAGCGCUCAUACGAGACCUCGAAAGCAAGCUCCUAACGUCGAGUGAUGAGAUCGAGAAGCUCACCGAACGAGCGACCAAGGGCGAGGCAGGACUCACAGCAAAGCAAGCAGAGUUCGACACGCUGCAGAAGCAAUCCGAAGAGCAAAGUGAAAAGCUCAGGUCGCUCGAAAAAGACCUUGCAGCUGCUCAAAAGUCGUCCAGAGAUGCAAGCCUGAAGCACAAGGCCGCUGUCACUGCUGCAAGCAAGCAGGUGGAAGCGCUGAAAGCAGAGCACGAGAAGGUGAAGGAACAGCAUGCACAGGCUCUCGCCACUAUGUCUGAGGAGCACGAUAGUGCGGUCAAAGCUGCGGCGGAGGAGCUGGAGAGAGCUGAAACCGAACAUGCCGAGCAGCUUGACAACGCUGAGAAGAAGCGCCGAUCUGAUGCUGACGCUGCGUCGAAGAGGUUAGAAGAGGUUCAGGCAGAACAUGCCAAGGCCUCCGCGCAGGCGGCGGAAGAGCACAAUGCUGCUGCGACGGCCGCUGAGGAGCGGAUCGGAACUCUCCAGUCCGAGCACGAGGAGACGAAGGCAAAACACGCCGAGUUGACAGCGGCCAGCUCAAGAGAGCUGGAUCAGCUGAAAGCGAACCUCCGCAAGGCCCACGAGGAGCACGAGAAGGCCAAGACCGAGCAUGCAGACUCAGCAUCGAUCGCGUCCAAGAAGCUCGAACAGCUCCAGUCCGAUUACAAUGCAGCCAAGAAGCAGCACGCCGAAUCGACGUCAAAAGCCGCCGAAGAGCACGAGGCAUCCCUGGCUGCCGCUUCAGCUCGCUUCGAGGCCCUUCAAACUGAGCACGACAAGGCGAAGACCCAACACACCGAGGCGAUGCGCCAGGCCUCCGCACAGCUCCAAGACCUCCAAGCUCAGCACAAAGCCUCUCAGACCGAACACAAAUCAGCCAUCCUCUCAGCAACACAGCGAUUCGACGAGCUCAAAUCCGCGUACGAAAAGUCGAAAGUCGAUCACGCAGAUGCGCUCGCUCGGGCCUCCUCAAAGCACAAGUCUGAAGCCGACGCUUUCGCAGCCGAACGAAGCGAGCUUUCCACCAAACUUGCAUCUCUUCGCAAAACUCACGAUGCAGCCGUCGCUUCCCACCGUUCUGCGCUCGAAGAAGCUUCGGCCAAAAUGAAUCAGGUUAUCGCCGAACACAAUGCGGAGCAGCAGGCGAGGGAGAAGGAGAUCGCUGCGCUGAAGAAGUCGCUGGAGAAGGUAAAAGGGGAGAGGGAUCAGCAGAUGAAGGAGCAUACCAAGGAGAUGGUGGACUUGAGUCAAGGGUUGGAGGAUGCCCACGCGAAGAUCCGGGAGAAGGAGGUGGAGCUGAAGAGGCGCAAUGAGGAGGCGGAGUCGGUGAAGGGUGAGUUGGAUAAGGUGCAGAGGGAUCUGAAAGCGAGAGUCGGUGAGGUUGAUGGAACGAGACAGGAGGUGGAUCGACUCAGCAGUGUCUUGGCGCAGAAGGAGAAGGCGCUGGCUCAGAAUAACGAGCGUAUCAUGGCUAUGCAGGGUGACCACGAGUUUGCCAUUCGAGGCAAAGAAACCGAUCUUGGUGCUUUGAAGAAGCAGCUCGAUGAAGCUGUGGCGAGCCUAGCUUCGCAGAAAGCGGCGUUCAAGGCUGCUCAGGCCGAACAUGCUUCUGUGCUGCAAGGCAAGGAUAAGGAUCUCGAUGCUCUGAAGAUACACAUCGACGGAGCAAAGAACGACCUCGCUGCGCGAGAAGCAAAGAUCGAGUCUCUCAAGGCAGACCACACGUCCGCGCUGGAAGGCAAAGACAAGGACAUCGACGGCUUGAAGAAGGAAGUCGCUCAAAUUCAGUCCGCUCUCACUUCACGCGACGAGAAGAUCCUAUCUCUCCAAACCGAUCAUGCUUCCGCACUCGAAGCCAGGUCCAAAGAGCUCGCAUCUCGUGACGAAAGGAUCAAAACGCUGCAGUCCGACCAUGCUUCUGCCCUCGCCGCCAGUUCUCGACAACUCGAGACCCUGCAAAAGCAACUAGACGCCGCCUCCAGCGACCUCCUCUCCCGAGACGAGAAACUCUCCUCCCUCGAAUCCUCCCACGCCGCCAAAGACCUCGAACUCUCUAACCUCCGCACCACCCAAUCCCAAACCUCUACCACACUCUCCUCCGCCCAAACUUCCCUCUCCGCGCUGUCAGCCGAACUCAACACCCUCAAGGUCGAACUUUCCUCCACCAAGUCGAACCUCGCCCAACGUGUCGAGGAGAGCACGGCUUCUGCGUCGAAGCUCGAGAAACUUGCUGGCGAGAUUUCGUCGUUGAAGAAGAAGCAUCUGACGGCCAAAUCUUCUGCGGAGGCGGCGAAGAAGGAGAAUGUGGAGUUGCGAAGUCAUUUGGAGAAGGUGCAGGGAGAAUCGACCAAGGUGAAGGGGGAUGCGGAGAUGAAUGUGGAAGCGUUGAGGUCGGAGUUGGAGUUGAUGAAGGCGAGGGCGAAGGAGGCCGAGGCGAAGCUUGCUGGUGUGAGAGAGGAGUUUGAAGGGGAGAUGAAGAAGGUGCAGGAGAAGAAGGCGGAUGAGGCGGAGGAUGAUAAGACGCUGUUCAGCAAGGAGCAUUUGGAGGAGGUGGUAUCGAUGCACGAGCUGGAAAAGAGCACGUUGAGAUCCAUGAUCAGGAAGCUGGAGGCGAGCGUAUUCGAAGAGACGGACAAGGCUCAUCGUGCCACGCGUCGGGCGAUCGAUCUCGAAGAGCAACUUCGCAAGACCUCUUCAACACCUUCAAACAGAACGACCAACGGCGAAUCUACGGCCAAGAGUCACCGCCGCAGCGUCACCAGCGCACACAUCCCUUCCCUGCCCUCUCUCUCCGAACAAGAACCUGCCUCCCCGCCUCCCCUCCCCUCGCCCUCUCGAAGCGAAACCAGCACCGCCUCUUCCUCCACCACUCCCGCACGGAUCGGCAUCCGCACCCUCGCAGCAUCCGAACUCCCCCUCCCCCCCUCCCAACGACAUCGACGACGGGAAAGCCUCCAGAUGCUCGCAGCUCGAAUUCAGCCUUCCGUCAACCUCUCGUCUCCACCCCUUCAAUCCCUUCCGCACUUCCAAUCCGUCACUUUGGCGAGCAAAGGUCACACACCUUCGAACAGCAUCACCGCUACGCCACUCGCACCCAGCACAGACGGCUCAACCAAACGCGCAGGUAGACACGAGUUUGCCAACGACGAACUGCUCUUCUGCGCUUGCUGUAGAGACGAUCUUAUCAUUGUCUGA